AUGCAUGCCACUACCAAUGCCUCCGUGCGCAAACUGGCGCUCGCUCAUGACGCAACUGUGAAGGAGCAGACUGUUGAAAACCAAGAAGCAGCCGUGAAGGUCUCCAAGAGCCGGGGUCAUAUUGAAACGGGUCAACAGGGCGUCGGGUAUUCAGAACCGACAACACAGCAUGUCGAAUCGUGCUCGACCCAUUCAGCACAGACGCGCAAACAACUAGACCCCAUUAACUACGCCAAACCUUUCUGCGAGUUUUUGUCAGACAACCCUACAGUCUUCCAUGCUGUUACUGCCGUGGGGAAAGACUUGGAGUCUCAGGGCUACAAGAAGCUUUCGGAACGGGAUGCGUGGAAGCUCGAAAGAGGUGGAAGGUACUUUGUCGAGCGCAAUGGCAGCAGUCUGGUCGCUUUUGUCGUUGGUGACAAAUACGAAGCUGGGAACGGUGCCGCGAUUCUUGCUGGGCACAUUGAUGCACUGACUGCCAAAUUGAAACCAAUCUCGAAAUUGAGCAACAAGGCAGGCUAUGUACAGCUCGGAGUUGCCCAAUACGCUGGCGGUCUCGGCGAUACAUGGUGGGACCGUGACCUCGGGAUCGGUGGUCGCGUACUGGUCAAGGAGGCUUCUGGCAAGAUAGUUUCCAGGCUGGUAAAGCUUGACUAUCCAGUCGCGAGAAUCCCGACACUCGCUCCACACUUUGGAGCAGCGUCUCAGGGGCCGUUCAACAAAGAGACGCAGAUGGUACCCAUUAUUGCUAUCGACAACAGUGACCUUGGUGUUUCACUCCACAAGGAUGACGACAGAUUUUCGAGCGAAGGCCCAAUCCUCGGGGGUGAAGCCUUCAAGACUUUCGCCUCUACUCAGCCCCACCGUCUCAUGAAGGUCAUCUCUAAGCAGCUCGGCGUCGAACCCUCUUCCAUCAUCAACUGGGAACUCGAACUCUUCGAUACCCAGCCAGCCACUCUCGGCGGCCUCGACAAAGAAUUCAUCUUUGCCGGACGCAUCGACGACAAACUCUGCUCAUGGGCCGCCAUCCAAGCACUCCUGCAAUCCCCUCCCUCCGCCUCCCCCUCUCUGCUCAAAAUCGUCGGCCUCUUCGACAACGAAGAAAUCGGCUCCCUCUCGCGCCAAGGCGCCCAUUCUAACUUCCUCCCCAGCAUCAUGUCCCGCAUUGUCGACGCCUUCACCACCCACGGCACAUCCGUAUCGCUUCUGUCCCGCACCUAUGCAAACUCCUUCAUCGUCUCCUCGGACGUCACCCACGCCGUAAACCCAAACUUCCUCGGCGCGUACCUUGAAAAUCACGCACCGCGCUUAAACGUCGGGCUUGUGGUUGCGGCGGACUCGAACGGACAUAUGACCACAGACGCCGUGUCGACAGCGGUUCUGCAGCGCUGCGCCGAUAAGUGUGGCUGUGUGCUGCAGGUCUUCCAGAUCAGAAACGAUUCGCGCAGUGGUGGCACGGUGGGACCGAUGCUGAGUGCGGCGACUGGGAUACGAGCAAUUGACGCAGGGCUACCGCAAUUAAGUAUGCAUAGUAUAAGAGCGACGACCGGAGCGCUGGAUCCUGGGUUGGGUGUGAAGAUGUUUCAGGGUUUUUUGGAUCAUUUCGAGGAGGUGGACAAGGAGUUUCAGUGA